AUGGCUUUUACGAGGUUGACUGAGCCUAUUAAGGAUGCAGUUGAGACUACUAGUCGGCGGGUUGGUAUUCGGGCACGCGACGUAGGUGCUAUUAUUCAGGAGCAGUUUCCUGAAUCUGUUUUCACCCAGCGGGAUAUCUAUAACGCUAGAGCCCGAAUCAAUCGCGAAAAGCUUAAUGGGUAUACACCAACUGCAGCUCUAAUCAAGCUUUUUGAUGAGCGGGAGAUCCCUUAUAUUGUGAAGUGGGCGGAUGAUGAGCCGAAUCGGCUUGUUGGGCUUGUCUGGACGUUUCCAUACUCUCUCCGGAUGUGGAAGCGGUUCCCCGAGGUUAUCAGCUUUGACAACACCUAUAACACCAAUCGCUUCAAGCUUCCACUCUUCCAAGCUACAGGGCAAACAUGUCUUGGAUCGGUAUUCAAUGCAGCAUUUGGUCUCAUCGAUAAUGAGAGACUAGAGGGGUUCCAGUUCUUAUCGCAGAGUAUCUUACAACUCAUUAAUCAGAACUCUAUUCGCCAACCAGAUGUUAUUAUCACCGACUACGACAGACAGAUGAAGGCAGCUCUUAACGAAUACUUUCCGAAUGUGCAACAACAGCUUUGUAUUCACCAUAUCAACUCAAACGUUAUGCUUAAAGCCAAGCAGAAGUGGCUUCAGAGCUAUUCUAGUAGUAGUGGGUCUGAAGAAGACGAUCUAGCUCUACAACCAGUUACCGAACUUAGCGAUGAGGACCAUGCCUAUAUCCAUACUUCAGUAGAUGGGGCUACGCCACAUAGCUACCGGGGGGUUCUUAUAAUGUGGAAGUUGGUUCUAUUUGCUGAGACAGAGGAUGCCUUUAGGAAAGCAUAG